ACCUGCUGUGUUUGUGCGUUUGAAAUAGGCCUCCGAUAUGGAUAACGUAACAGAAAAACUGUUGGAGUGCUUUGGUCAUCGAAAGUUUAAAAGUGAACUGCAAGAACGUGCAGUUAGAGCUAUAGCCAGAGGUGUCCAUGAUGUUUAUGUAUCAAUGCCCACUGGUUCAGGGAAGUCGCUGUGUUUCCAAUUGCCAGCUAUGCUUGCUGAUAAUAAAUUGGCCAUUGUUUUCUCACCAUUGCUAGCACUAAUAAAAGACCAGAUUGAUCAUUUAACAAAGCUGAAGAUACCAGCAGAGUCUAUAAACUCUAAAAUGUCUUCUAAAGAUAGAGAGAGAGUGUUAAACGACAUCAAAAGUAUAAAGCCUAAUACUCGAUUCCUUUAUGUCACGCCGGAGCAGGCUGCUACUGGCACUUUUAGGUCACUUAUUGAGCACCUUGAUAAAUAUAAAAAAAUCUCGUACAUAGUUGUUGAUGAAGCUCAUUGUGUCAGUGAAUGGGGGCAUGACUUUCGACCGGAUUACCUGAAGCUGGGGGACCUGAGAGAAAAAUAUAGAAACAUAACUUGGGUAGCUCUAACUGCCACAGCCAGUGCUGAAGUAGCUAAGGACAUUCUGGAUAAUCUUAAAUUGAGACAGCCGGUAGCACAAUUUAAGACACCAAGUUUCAGAAGGAAUUUAUUUUAUGAUGUUGCUUAUCAAAACUGUAUAGAGGAUGAAGUAGGGCAUCUAAUGGAGUUUUUACAAAAAAGUAUGAAGGAUGAUGAGAAUGUGAAACCAAAAGAUAAAAAUGUGGUUAUAGUGUAUUGUCGUACCAGGGAUCAAACAGAAGAUAUUGCAAACUUGCUCAGCAAAAAAGGUUUAAAAUCGUUGGCAUAUCAUGGAGGAUUAAAAACAUCAGAACGUAUAGAGGCGCAAGAGAAGUGGUCACAGGGCGAGUGCCCUUGCGUGUGCGCCACCGUGUCUUUCGGCAUGGGCGUGGACAAGGCCAGCGUACGCGCCGUCGCGCACUGGGGCCUGCCGCAGAACGUCGCCGCUUAUUACCAGGAAUCUGGCAGAGCUGGACGCGAUGGCAAGCCGGCAUUCUGUCGUAUUUAUUACUGCCGCAACGAACGCAACGCUGUCGACUUCCUUCUCAAGAAAGAACUCGCAACUGCGCGCACUCCCGAGCAGAAACAGCGCUGCAAAAAUGCAUAUAAGAGCUUUGAAAUUAUGGUUAAAUACUGUGAGGAAGUCAAGUGUCGUCACAAAGUGUUCGCGGACUACUUCGGUGACGAAGCCCCGAAAUGUACGAAUCGUUGCGACGCAUGCGCCGACGAGCGAGCAGUGCGUCGGGCGCUCGAGCAACACAUGCGACGCGCUAUGAGCGCCCGUCUCGAGCGAGCUGGGUUCAUCUCCAUUGAAGACCCCUCAGACUUGUAUGGUGAAGGACGAUAUGGGCAGAAAAGGGAGUCGGCACCAUACUACAACGACGACAGCAGUGAGUUUGAUGGCGAAGAUAGCAGGCGAAAAGUUGCUCAAGAAACCAGGUCACUGAUUCUCAAAGAAUUUGCAAACAGGAAGAAAGUCAUUGAGAAGGAACAAAAACACAAUAGCUCAGAGUCUGCUAAAUACUCGCUGUGUAUAGCAGCUGAAAGUACAGGGAAAAAGGUAAACGGGCUAACAGUAGCCAGUCGUGAAGGGUACUUAACUCUCUUGAAAGACGCUCUUAAUAACAACCUCGCCGCCAUGAAGGACAUUGACAGACCUCAUCGGCAACUCUCUGUACAUGGCGUGGAACAGUGCGCCAUACAAAUGGAAUACGAAGAAUUCUCUAAAAGUACUGUUGUCAGCCUUUAUAGGCGAGCAAUGAUCAAAUUGAUAUCAUCAGUAAAAGCCUGCAAGGACAGUUUGUAUUCGCAGUUAAAGAAUUUUGAACCAAAAAAGCGGAACACCCUCGGAGAAUUUGCCAAAGAAUUUGAGGAACGAAGACAGCAAGAAAAUUCGGAAAAACAUCACAGUUUUAUUACUGCGUCUGAAUUGGAACGAGGAGAAACUGUGUCUAAGCACGAAGAACGACACCUAUCAAAAGCUGACAAAGAAACCAAACGAAAAGGAAAUUCAUUUAAAAAAGAUCCAAUGACACAAACAAGACUUUCAAAUUUUUUUCAAAAAGCUUCAGUUAAAACUCCGCGCUCGUCGCCUGAUGAAAGUGCAGGGGAUAAUCUUGUUACACAUGAAAGAGAUGUGAACCCUGAAGACACCACCCUUAAAUUAGAAGAAACAGAAAAUUUAGAUAAUCAACAAAGAAAUAUUCAUGAAGAUACUACACUUAAAAUUGACGAAUUAGAACAAUCUGAUAAUGACGAUAAAGAAGACGGACAAAACAAUAUAACAAAAACUUUUGUUAUAAACAUAACCCUCAAAGGAGUACCUUCCGAUUCUAAAGGAUUUGACGAUAGUAAGAAUAAUAACACUAAACAUGAAAGUAACAAACGUCCCCACAACGACAAUGUCUCCAAAGUCAAAGAAUCCCCAUCUCCCAAAAAAGUAAAGCCAACUGCGAAAAGAAAGAUCAAAGCUCUCUUUGGCGACUCUUCAGGCAGCGAUUCAGAAUCAAAAGAUGACAAAAAGGUAAAAAUAGAACCAAAAUUUUCGGAACCAAUUAAAGAGCAGCAACAUAAUUCAAAAUCUUCAAAAAUCGGCCGUGAUAAUAAAGGUAAAAUAGAAAAACAUAAAUCAAAAUCGACAAAAACAGACCACUGUGAAAAUAAACAAAACAACCUUGCAUCAGAACAAGGCAAACGUAUAAAAAGUGAGUCAGGCGAAACAAAAUCCCCAAGAAAAGAAUUAAGGAGAGAUAACGAAGAGUAUCGAGAUUCCAAAAAAUACAAAAGGGAGCAUGAAAUUAAAGCCAAAUCUAGCGAAAGUAAACAUAACAAACUCAAGGAAAAGGAUGGAAAGAAGUCCCAUAAAAGAACGCCCGACAAACAUAAAACUGAAAAUGCUUCAAAUUCAAAAGACGUAACAUCCAUUAUUGGUGAUUUAUCUGGUAGUGAUUCUGAAAAAGAAUUAAUCAUUGAUGAAGGUUUAGAACAGCUAAUUAACAACGAAGAAGAGGCACAAGACAAACAGCCUACAAAUUCUAAGGAUACCGAAGUUUUUGAAAAAGAGACUUCUGGAACGAGUACCACUAUGACUUUAGAGAAUAAUUUGCCACAACAACAAAUAAACAUUUCUGAAGAGUUAAACCGCUCAAUCACAGAACUUGAUGACAAUAAGCUCGAUAAAGCACACAAGUUAAGCAUAGAAGCUGACAAAGUUUUACAAGAAUUGAAACAAUUCUCUGAAAUGCCGCCUGAACCUGACAUUGUACAGGAGAAAAAAGUUGAACAGAAAGUGAAAUCGACAGAGGAGGAUAUUUCGCAUUCGACAAGUAAACAUAAGUCACAAGAAUCUAAAAGACAUAAAUUAAGCUUAAGUAGUAAGACUAAAGAUAAACACUGUGUAAAGGAGCGAAAAGAUAAACGACAUAGUAAAAUAGAGGACCGAAAAGAAAAACAUCUUAAGUCUGACGAACAUUUCAAUGAGAAGAGGCAAGAUAAAGAAGACCCUUCAAAAAAAUCGGAAAAGUUAGAUGUUGCGUCCCUUGUUGUAAAGUUACUCAUGCCGUAUUAUAAGAAAAAGAAGAUUAGUAGUAGAGACCUGUUCAAGAUUACCGCAAGGCACAUUGUUCACCAAUUACUCGCAAUUCAAGUCACAGAAGAAGCAGCCAUCGAUGUUUUACUCAAGAAAGCAUUCAAUAAAGAAUUGAAAAUAGAAAAUGAAAGCGACUUACUUGUAAAAUUGAAUCUGAGUAAUGUUGCUUGACUCAUCCCAUUUGUAAAGAUGGCAACAAUAUUUUUUUCUAUCACUCAAUGGGUAAGGAAAAAGUUGCGAUUUAUCAUUAUUUCUUAAUAAUAAUUGUUUGUGUUAAUUAAUAAGAAUAUUUAUUAUAACAUCAAUAAAUACCUAUUUAUUGUUUAGCAAGUUUAAAUGUCUGUUACUUAUUGUUGUAAGUAUACAAUUCAA